GCUGGAUUGACUUCCUGUUUGUGUCUCCAUCACUGUUCUUCGCGGAUAACCGGGGCUCACGUGACGUGGACGGCUGGGAUCCGGGGUACGUAACGUCACAAAGACGCUGGUGGGAAGAUGGCGACUCCGGUGAGUGCGCAGUGCUCCAGCAAGACGUGGGAGCUCAGUCUUUACGAGCUGCACCGCACACCACAGGAAGCGAUCAUGGAUGGUACAGAGAUCGCCGUCUCCCCUCGUAGCCUGCACAGCGAGCUGAUGUGUCCCAUCUGUCUGGAUAUGUUGAAAAACACCAUGACCACCAAGGAAUGCCUGCACCGAUUCUGCUCAGAUUGUAUUGUCACUGCUCUGCGCAGCGGGAACAAGGAAUGCCCCACAUGUAGGAAGAAGCUGGUUUCUAAACGCUCCCUCCGUCCCGAUCCAAAUUUCGAUGCUCUCAUCUCCAAAAUCUACCCAAGCCGAGACGAAUAUGAGGCCCACCAAGACCGCGUGCUGGCAAAGCUCAGCCGGCUUCACAAUCAACAAGCUUUGAGCACCAGUAUUGAGGAAGGACUGAAAAUGCAGGCUAUGCACAGGGCACAGCGAGUUCGGAAGCACCAGCACGAGUCCGACAACACCACUUUUAGCGGGGGUGAGGAUAAUUGUGACAGUCGCUCACACGUCAGCAAUCCUUCAGUACACAGCAAUCAAGAGGCGGGGCCAAGUCGCAAGAGGUCCCGAGGGUCUGAGGAUUCUGGCGCUGAGCCUGACCUUUCACAUGAGGGUGGCGUACGGAGUCCCGAUCCACCAGGCAGUGGCGAGACUGGCAGUGAGAUUGAGCUGGUGUUCCGAGCUCACCCUCUUUUGGUGGAGAAAGAUGGUUAUAGUCAGACAAGGUUUGUUAAGACUACGGCAAACGCUACAGUCGAUCACCUGUCAAAGUACCUGGCAUUGCGUAUUGCGCUGGAGGAGGAAGCUCUACGCGGAGGAGCUGAUGCUGUCACUCUCGGGGAAGUCAGUGAGAAACAAUACACAAUUUAUAUUUGUGCAGGAGCUGCUGGCGGCCAGUAUACAACGCUUAAUGGUUCGUUAACGCUCGAGCUCGUUAAUGAAAAGUACUGGAAGGUGAGCAAACCAUUGGAAUUAUAUUAUGCCCCCACAAAGGAGCAGAAAUAAGCGUGAACGCUUGACCUUAAGAGACUUUUACCUUCCUUACUCAGCUUUCCCAAUCUUUCAUGAACUUUCUGGACUGGAAUAUUGCUUCCACAGCGGAGCAGCAUAUGCAGGGGGUGUCACUUGCUGACUGGGGUGAACGUGUGACCUAUUCCUGUCAUGCAACGUGUUGGCACACAAAAUAAAUACAGGAGUAGUUACAAAGUGGACUUAAUCUACAUGUUACCCCCUUCAGUGACUGUUCAUUAAAGAACAGGGUAGGUGAAAAGGCACCGAGAUCAUAAAAAAAAGGCACAUUUCUGCUUUAUUUUUUAUCAAAGACUUGAAAUGAACACAGGCUUUGUGUACAAUAGGACGUCCGUGAAGAUGGAACGUGACAGCACAGAUUUGUCCCCCCCCCUUUUUGCUUUGAAGAGGACAAGUUUUUUUCUGUGGUGUGGGAGCUAGUGUGCCCCCCUUUUCCACCCCUGAACUUAAAGACCCAAUAUGAAGGCAAAAGAGAUACUGCAAUAACACAUCCAUCAUUAUAUCAGAGCUUAAAGGGACAGUCUACACCAUAAUUUUUAUUGUUUUAAAAGAUAGAUAAUCCCUUUAUUACCCAUUUCCCAGUUUUGUAUAACUAACACAUUUAUAAUAAUAUAGUUUUAACCUCUGUGAUUAUCUUGUAUCUAAGCCUCUGCCCCUUUUUUUAGUUCUUUUGACAGACUUGCAGUCUAGCCAAUCAGUGCCUGCUCCCAGAUAACUUCUCGUGCACGAGCACAGUGUUAUCUAUAUGAAAUACGUGAACUAACACCCUCUAGUGGUGAAAAACUGUUAAAAUGCAAUCUGAAAGAGGUGGGCUUCAAGGUCUAAGAAAUUAGCAUAUGAACCUCCUAGGUUAAGCUUUCAACUAAGAAUACCAAGAGAACAAAGCAAAAUUGGUGAUAAAAGUAAAUUUGAAAAUUGUUUAAAAUUACAUGCUCUAUCUGAAUCAUGAAAGUUUAUUUUGGCCUAGACUGUCCCUUUAACAAACCCACGAAUUCCACGUACGUAUUUUUUUUCUUUAGAGUAUUCUCCAUAUCUAUACAGGGUAGAAAUAAAUAUAACUAUAGUUUACCAGUUAUAGAACAAAGUUGCCUUUCUUACUCAUCCUCUCUUGCCAGUACUUUGGAUGGCUCAUAAAUUUCAGAUACGUUUUUUCAACACCUGGAUAUUGGGAGCUGUCUGCAUUUGUAUUAUGAAUUACGGACUAUAAUUGCGACGGAACCCUGGCAAACCCAAGGAUUAAUAUAUUGGAUCAUUGAAACUCUCCCAUUGUUGUAUAACAUUUGUGUGUUUGGCCCUGACUAGAUUUGCGUGGGUUUCCAGUUCAUAUAUUCAUUGAAUUCAUAGCUUGUUUUUUUGUUUUGUUUUUUCGUUUGCUGUAUUUUGUCUGUGUUGUUUUCUUUUCCAUAAUUGUUACGGUUAACCCAGACAGUGGGGGGAAAAAAUAUUAACUGAUUUUCAUUUUGUUUUUUUUUGUUAAAGGGUUAUAGUAUUUUAAAAAAAUUGUUUUCCUGGUCCAGAUGGAACAUUCUAUUUUCAAUUUGUCUUUUUUCACUUGGUACCUUUUGUUGAAAAGCAGGGAGUUAAGCUCUGCAGUGCUAUAUGGAAGCAGUUUUGCAACAAUGCUAUACAUUAGCACGAGCACUUUUUCCUACCAUGUGGUGCUCCAGAUGUGAACUCUACUUACCUAGGCAUUUCUUCAACCGAAAAUACCAAAUGAUGAAGUCAAUUUGAUAAUAGAAGUGAAUUUGAAACUUUUUUUUUUUAAUUGUAAGCUCUGCCUGAAUCACGAAUUUGGGUUUCGUAUCCCUUUAAUCAACAAUUCCAAAACGAAUUGAUGAAUUGAUGAAUGGUAGAUUUUUUUGUUUUUGUCCCCCUUCAAUGUUUGUUUUUAAUUUAAAGUGAUAAAAAAGAUAUCUAAUGCUUAUUGCUUUUGUUCAAAAGCAUUGUGCAUUAAAGGAACACUGUGAUCCAUUUUUAUUCCUUAUUUUAAAAUAUUUCAACAUGUAUGAUUUUUUUUUUUUAAAAGGAGGUCCUUUUUUAUUGCCAUUAUUGAAAAGGCAUGCCCUUCUACAUCUGUGGGAGUUGCUCCUAUAAGCCAAUAAGAAUGAAUGCUGCCUAUUAGCCAAUGAGAAUGGAUUCUGCAGUGUGCAACAUGCAUAUCCUGUUGGAUUAAAUUUAAAUGGAGUUACGUAUUCUUUUUUUUUACGCAAAACAAAAGAUAAUAUUGUUAGCAUUAGAAGUGUUGCUCUUUCAUGUGUGUCGGAAACAUUUUUCUUUUUUUGAGUACAGUGUCCGUUUAAAGUGAAUGUAAAUGUUUAUGAAUUGGGGCCCGGUUUUUAAAAACAGGAGAACUUUUGUUCAUGAAACGUUACAUUGCAGCGUUUUUUAAAAAAAAUACUUACCUUUCUUUUGCAUGAUGUACCGAGUCCACGGAAUAAACCUAACUUGUGGGAUAUUGUCCUUCCUGAAUGGAAGUAGCAAAGAGAGCACCACAGCAGAGCUGUCUAUUUAGCUCCCCCCUUAACUCCACCCCCCAGUCAUUCUUCUUUGCUGGCUCUAAGCAGGAAGACUAAAGAGAAGAGGUGUUAAACUGUUUAGUUUAGGGCUGCAACUAACGAUUAUUUUCAUAAUCGAUUAAUCGGCCGAUUAUUUUUUCGACUAAUCGGAUAAAAAGAGAAUCAAUAAUACUUUUCUAUGUUUUAAAUAAAAUCCACAUAAUGAGUGUUACAAAUAUAAACUUCAGACUAAAACUUUACAUUAACACAAUUUUUAAGCAGCAGAGCAAAGUUUAAACAAAACAAAACCACAAACUGUUUGAAAAGAGGUAGAACUAGAAAGAGUUAGACUAUCACUGUUAAUAAUAUUCUGUUAUUCACUCUUUCAGAAACUUUGCAUUGAAAUGCAAACAUCUCAACAUGUCCACAUGCUUCUGGCUAAAGCUAGUUCUCUGUUUGCAGCUAUAUUUCCUGCAGCAGAGAAAAGGCUGUUGAGGUGUAUAAGUAGGGUUUUGCCAAUUUCACCAAAGUGGGAUAUUUAUCUUUGUUAGCUCUUCACCAAUGCUAAGUGUUUUCUACCUUGGCAAGGGGCCUCUCAAAGUAACCCUUGACUUCAUUCCAACAUAAAAAUAUAUUGACUAUCUAUAUGCAAUGGUAAAUAACCAGCUAUAAGGUUAGGGGAAAUAUCUAGUCCGCUCUAAAAAUAACGAAUAUACACUUUUAUAAAGGUUGAAAAACCAACUAAUCGAUUAUGAGAUUCGUUGACAACUAUUUUCAUAAUCGAUUAUUAUCGAUUAUGGCGAUUAGUUUUUGCAGCUCUAGUUUAGUUUUAUUUUAUCUUCAAUCAAGUGUUUGUUAUUUUUAAAUGGUACCGGUGUUGUACUAUUUACUCUCAGGCAGGACAUAGAUGAAGAUUUCUGCCUGGAGGAUGAUGAUCUUAGCAUUUGUAACUAAGGUCCACUGCUGUUCCCACAGAAGCUGAGGAGUACAGGAAAACUUCAGUGUGAGGAACGGUUUCUUGCUAAACAGCAAUGAGGUAUGUUCAGUCAUAUUUUCUGCAGAGACUGUGUUAACUCAGAAAGGCUGACAGUGUGCCCAUUAGGGUAAGGGGAAGCAGUAAUCCUAGUGUUAUCAGAGGUUUUUACUAGCUUGCAUAAAGGGUUAAUUUUUUGUGGGCACUCAGUUUAUGUGAAUUUGGGACAAACGUUUUUGUGUCUGGGAGUAACGUUUUCUGUUUUAUGGGACAUUUGCUUGAGGGUUCUUUGGGGUUGUUUAUAACCCACAUGGCUUUCAGGCAGGGUUUGUUAAUUUUGUGUAGGCCCCAGCAGGCGGGGCCUACAUUUACAAGCAGCAAGCAACUUCUCCUGAGGUCCUGAGAGUCUUCUGAGGGACUAAUUAAAGCUUUAAACCCCAUAUUAUCGUUCCUAAGGGCAGGUAGGGCCACAGCAGAGCUGUGGCAAGGUGCUAACAGGGGUUUUAACCAGUUUUAGACAAUUAUCAAUCAGUUUUUUUCAUUUGGGGGUUUAUUGCUUAUUAACUUGUGGUGCAAUCCUUCUAAAGCUUAGUGGGUACACUGUUAAAAUUUCAGAAAAAUUGAAGCAAUUUUAACCUGUUUUGCAGUUUUUGUAUGAAUUUUUUCUCUUAAAGGCACAGUACCGUUUUUGCAAAUUAUGUUUAUUUCAUUAAAUAAAGUGUUUUCCAAGCUUGCUUGCUUUAUUACUAGUCUGUUAAACAUGUCUGACACUGAGGAAACUCAUUGUUCAAUUUGUUUAGAAGCCAUUGUGGAACCCCCUCUUAGAAUGUGUCCCACUUGUACUGAUAUGUCUAUAAAUUGCAAACAGCAUAUUUUGACUUAUAAAAGUUUGGCAUUAGAUGAUUCUCAGACAGAAGGAAUCAGGUUUUGCCAUCUAGUUCUCCCCAAGUGUCACAACCAGUAACGCCCGCACAAGCGACGCCGAGUACUUCUGGUGCGUCUAAUUCUUUCACCUUGCAAGAUAUGGCUUCAGUUAUGAAUACUACCCUCACAGAGGUUGUAUUUAAGCUGCCUGGGUUGCAAGGGAAGUGCAGUAGCUCUGGGUUAAGAACAAAUGCUGAGCCUUCUGACGCUUUAGUAGCAGUAUCCGAUAUUCCCUCACAAUGUUCUGAGGUAGGGAUGAGGGAUUUGCUGUCUGAGGGAGAGAUUUCUGAUUCAGGAAAGAUGUUCUCUCAGACAGAUUCAGAUAUGACGGCAUUUAAAUUUAAGCUAGAGCACUUCCGCUUAUUGCUCAGGGAGGUUUUAGCUACUCUGGAUGAUUGUGACCCUAUUGUAGUUCCAGAGAAAUCGUGUAAAAUGGACAAAUAUUUAGAGGUUCCUGUUUACACUGAUGUGUUUCCGGUCCCUAAGAGGAUUUCGGACAUUGUUACUAAGGAGUGGGAUAAACCAGGUAUUCCGUUCUCUCCCCUUCCUGUUUUUAAGAAAAUGUCUCCCAUUUCUGACACCAUAAAGGACUCAUGGCAGACGGUCCCUAAGGUGGAGGGAGCUAUUUCUACCCUGGCUAAGCGUACAACUAUACCGAUUGAAGACAGUUGUGCUUUCAUUGAUCCUAUGGAUAAAAAAUUAGAGGGUCUCCUAAAGAAAAUUUUUGUUCAUCAAGGUUUUCUUCAACUUAUAGCAUGCAUUGUUCCUGUAACCACUGCAGCUGCCUUUUGGUUUGAGGCUCUAGAAGAGGCUCUUCAGAUGGAAACCCCACUAGAUGAUAUUUUGGACAGAAUUAAGGCUUUUAAGUUGGCUAAUUCUUUUAUUACAGACGCCGCUUUUCAUCUUGCUAAAUUAGCAGCUAAGAAUUCAGGUUUUGCCAUUUUAGCGCGUAGAGCAUUAUGGCUUAAGUCCUGGUCAGCUGAUGUGUCAUCUAAAUCUAAGCUUUUGUCCAUCCCUUUCAAAGGUAAGACCCUAUGCGGGCCUGCAUUUAAAGAGAUCAUUUCAGACAUUACUGGAGGGAAGGGUCAUACCCUCCCUCAGGAUAAGUCAAAUAAGACGAGGACCAAGCAAAAUAAUUUUCAUUCUUUUCGAAACUUCGAGUGGUCCCUCUACCUCUUCGCCUGCUGCAAAGCAAGAGGGGAACUUUGCUCAAUCCAAGCCAACCUGGAGACCUAAUCAGGCUUGGAACAAGGGUAAACAGGCCAUAAAUCCUGCUGCUACCACUAAGUCAGCAUGGAGGGGUAGCCCCCUAUCCAGGACCGGAUCUAGUAGGGGACAGACUCUCUCUCUUUGCUCAGGCCUGGGCAAGAGACGUUCAGGAUUCCUGGGCAGUAGAAAUUGUAACCCAUGGAUACCUUCUAGAUUUCAAGGAUUCCCCUCCAAGGGGGAGGUUCCAUCUUUCUCAAUUGUCUGUAAACCAGACAAAAAGAGAGGCGUUCUUACGCUGUGUAGAAGAUCCUAAACUAAUUCCUAAGAGUUCCAUCUUUACAAGAUGGAGAACAUUCGGACUAUCUUACCAUUGAUCCAGGAGGGUCAAUAUAUGACCACCGUGGAUUUAAAGGAUGUGUAUCUUCACAUUCCUAUCCACAAAGAUCAUCACCAGUUUCUCAGGUUCGCCUUUCUGGACAAGCAUUAUCAGUUUGUGGCUCUUACUUUUGGGUUGUCCACUGCGCCGUGAAUCUUCACGAAGGUGCUAGGGUCCCUUCUGACGGUUCUAAGGCCACGGGGCAUAGCAGUGGCGCCUUAUGUAGACAACAUUCUAAUUCAAGCGUCGUCCUUCCAACUAGCCAAUCUCACACGGACUUAGUGUUGGCCUUUCUAAGGUCUCACGGGUGGAAAGUGAACGUAAAAAAAGAGUUCUCUUUCCCCCCUCACAAGAGUUUAAUUUCUAGGGACUCUUAUAGACUCGGUGGACAUGAAAAUUUUUCUGACGGAGGUCAGGAAAUCAAAGAUUUUGUCCACCUGCCGAGCUCUUCAUUCCAUUCCUCGGCCGUCAGUGGCUCAGUGUAUGGAGGUAAUCGGACUAAUGGUAGCGGCAAUGGACAUAGUUCAGUUUGCUCGCUUGCAUCUCAGACCACUGCAACUAUGCAUGCUCAAUCAGUGGAAUGGGGAUUAUGUGGAUUUAUCUCCUCAGAUAAAUCUGGAUCAAGAGACCAGAGACUCUCUUCUUUGGUGGUUGUCACAGGAUCAUCUGUCCCAGGGAAUGUGUUUCCGCAGGCAAGAAUGGGUUAUAGUGACGACAGACGACAGUCUUCUGGGCUGGGGUGCAGUCUGGAAUUCCCUGAAAGCUCAGGGUUUGUGGACUCGGGAGGAGGCUCUCCUACCGAUAAAUAUUCUGGAAUUAAGAGCGAUAUUCAGUGCUCUCCAGGCAUGGCCUCAGCUGGCUUCGGCCAGAUUCAUCAGGUUUCAGUCGGACAACAUCACGACUGUGGCUUAUAUAAAUUAUCAGGGCGGAAAAAAGAGUUCCUUAGCGAUGAUAGAGGUCUCAAGGAUAAUCCAAUGGGCAGAGGCUCACUCUUGCCAUCUGUCAGCGAUCUAUAUCCCAGGUCUAGAGAACUGGGAGACAGAUUUUCUAAGUCAUCAGACUUUUCAUCCGGGGGAGUGGGAAUUUGCUCAGCUGGUUCGGCUAUGGGGCACACCAGAGUUGGAUCUGAUGGCGUCUCGUCAGAAUGCCAAACUUCCUUGUUACGGCUCCAGGUCAAGGGAUCCUCAGGCUGUACUGAUAGAUGCUCUAGCAGUACCCUGGUCGUUCAACCUGGCUUAUGUGUUUCCACCUUUCCCUCUCCUUCCACGUCUGAUUGCCAGAAUCAAACAGGAUAGAGCAUCAGUGAGUUUGAUAGCGCCUGCAUGGCCACGCAGGACUUGGUAUGCAGACCUGGUGGACAUGUCAUCCCUUCCACCAUGGUCUCUGCCAUUGAGACAGGACCUUCUGAUUCAAGGUCCAUUCAAGCAUCCAAAUCUAAUUACUCUGCAACUGACUGCUUGGAGAUUGAACGCUUGAUUCUAUCAAAGCGGGGUUUCUCUGAGUCAGUCAUAAAUACCUUGAUUCAGGCUCGAAAGCCUGUUACCAGGAAAAUUUAUCAUAAGAUAUGGCGUAAAUAUAUUUUUUGGUGCGAAUCCAAAGGCUUCUCCUGGAGUAAAAUCAGGAUUCCUAGGAUUUUGUCUUUUCUCCACGAGGGAUUGGAGAAAGGAUUAUCAGCUAGUUCCCUAAAGGGACAGAUAUCUGCUCUGUCUAUUUUGUUGCACAAGCGUCUGGCAGAUGUUCCAGACGUUCUGGCUUUUUGCCAGGCUUUAGUUAGAAUUAAGCCUGUGUUUAAACCUAUUGCUCCGCCAUGGAGUCUAAAUUUAGUUCUUAGAGUUCUUCAGGGGGUUCCGUUUGAACCCAUGCAUUCCAUAGAUAUUAAGCUUUUAUCUUGGAAAGUUUUGUUCCUAGUUGCUAUCUCUUUAGCUCAAAGAGUUUCUGAACUAUCUGCAUUACAAUGUGACUCCCCUUAUCUUGUGUUCUAUGCUGAUAAGGUGGUCUUGCGUACCAAGCCUGGGUUCCUACCUAAGGUUGUUACUAACAGGAAUAUCAAUCAAGAAAUUGUUGUUCCUUCUCUGUGUCCUAAUUCUUCUUGUAAGAAGGAACGUCUGUUGCACAACUUGGACGUGGUUCGUGCUUUGAAAUUUUAUUUGCAGGCAACCAAAGAUUUUCGUCAAACAUCUUCUUUGUUUGUUGUCUAUUCUGGAAAUCGUAGGGGUCAAAAGGCUACGGCGACUUCUCUUUCCUUUUGGCUGAAAAGCAUCAUCCGUUUGGCUUAUGAGACUGCUGGACAGCAGCCUCCUGAAAGGAUUACAGCUCAUUCUACUAGAGCGGUAGCUUCCACAUGGGCUUUUAAAAAUGAUGCUUCUGUUGAACAGAUUUGUAAGGCUGCGACUUGGUAGUCGCUUCAUGCCUUUUCAAAAUAUUAUAAAUUUGAUACUUUUGCUUCUUUGGAGGCUAUUUUUGGGAGAAAGGUUUUGCAAGCAGUGGUGCCUUCCGUUUAGGUUCCUGUCUUGUCCCUCCCUUCAGCCGUGUCCUAAAGCUUUGGUAUUGGUAUCCCACAAGUUAGGAUGAAUCCGUGGACUCGGUACAUCAUGCAAAAGAAAACAAAAUUUAUGGUUACCUGAUAAAUUUCUUUCUUUUGCGAUGUACCGAGUCCACGGCCCGCCCUGUCUAUUCAAGACAGAUAGUAUUUUUUUUUUAUGUAAACUUCAGUCACCCCUGCACCUUAUAGUUUCUCCUUUUCUUCCUUGGCCUUUGGUCGAAUGACUGGGGGGUGGAAUUAAGGGGGGAGCUAUAUAGACAGCUCUGCUGUGGUGCUCUCUUUACUACUUCCUGUCAGGAAGGACAAUAUCCCACAAGUUAGGAUGAAUCCGUGGACUCUGUACAUCGCAAAAGAAAGAAAUUUAUCAGGUAAGCAUAAAUUUUGUUUUUUCUGCAGCAAAGCCGGAUCGGCGAUACUCUGCCCGCUUCUCAUGCUGUACUUAGCACAGCAAUGACGAAACCGGCUUCGUCCAAUCACGAGAUGGACGCUCUAGGGUGCACGCCAUGAUUGGAGGAAGCCGGUUUUGUCAUUGCUGACGUAAGUACAGAGGAGCUGCGGGCGGGAGAUCGCCGCUGCAAUGUAAAGUUUCAUGAAUGAAAGUGCCCCUGUUUUUAAUAGUAUUUUUACAUUCACUUUAAGAAUGCAGGGAUUACAUGUGCAGUUAUGUAUCUACAAUGUGCAUCAACCACCGUAUUUAGUAUUUACAAUAUGGCCUCACCUAGUUUUUAGAAGAUCAUGCAAGCACUUUGUUGUUAGGCUGUCGGGCAGUCAGAACUCAAGAGGAGAGCAAUACCGCUGCCCCUUUUGGUUUGUGUGGUAAACGUGCAAUAACGACCGCCGGGAGGAGUCAGUGUGGUGCUCUUUUGAGGACAAGCAUUUAUGGCUGGGCUGGGGGGGGGGAUAUGAGUCUUUGUACUGAUCUAAGCUAUUCUUUGUAUAAAUACAAUUUAUUUUUAUUGUGCAACAUUUUAGUAAAGGUGACUUACAACA